AUGUGUAAAGCUAGUUUUCACUCCUUAUGUGAAAAACUAUUAGCUAAAGGAUUGUGUGACUCAAAGUAUGUGGAUGUCGAAGAACAAGUUGCAAUAUUUCUCCUUGUUAUUGGACAUGACUCUAAAAAUCGACAUGUAACCUUCGAUUUCGUUCGUUCUGGAGAAACCAUUAGUCGACAUUUUAAUACUGUUUUGAACACAGUAAUUAAAAUGCACAGGGAUCUCUUGAAACUUUCCAACAAUACAUCAUCACCUGAUCAGCUUAUUGUGACAUGGAACAAUGUUGUUGGAGCACUUGAUAGUACAUUUGUACAUGCACCAGUGUUGUCUGAAGAUCAACCGAGGUUUGAUAACCGUAAAGGUGAUAUACGUCAAAAUGUACUAGCAGCUUGUUCUUUUGAUAUGAAGUUUACAUACGUGUUGGUUGGCUGGGAAGGUUCAUCCCAUGAUGGUCGAGUUUUAAACUCAGCAGUGACACACCCAAUAGAUCGUUUGGUUGUCCCAACUGCGAAGUAUUACUUAGCCGAUGCAGGCUAUCCAAAUGCUCUAGGUUUCUUAACUCCAUACCGUGGGGUUCGUUAUCACCUAAAGGACCAUUGUGGCCUUUUCGCAGAGAACGCCAAGGAAUUAUACAACUAUAGGCAUUCUUCAAUGAGAAAUGUGAUAGAGAGUUGGUGUCCUAUUUAUCUUGGGGUUCUUAUUAUAUCCAAUUUGUUUGUCCAAAUAUAUAUUGCACGUUCACAAUAUUGUAAGCGUAUAUAUCAGAAUAUGGAAGGAUCUCAACUGGUACCUAGCAUGGAGGAUAGUGGAAAGGGCAGCAGUAAAACCCGAUGGUUACCUGAGAUGGAUAAUGUGUGUAUUCGCACAUUGCUGGAUCAACUUGCUCUAGGUAACAAAGGUGACAAUGGUUGGAAAUCAGCUGCCUUCACCAAAGUACGAGAACAGAUGAAAGACUUGUUAGGUAUAAGAAUUUCUAACGAGAAUGUGAAAAAUCGUCUUAGAACAUGGAGGCAAUACUACAUAGAUGUUAGGCAUCUUGAUGAUCAAAUUGGAUUUGGAUAUGAUCCUCUGUCUCAAACAGUUCAGGCUCCCGACUCAGUUUGGGCAGAGUAUAUUUCGUACGUUAAGUAUCGAGGGAAGAAAAUAGAAUACUUUCAUGAGAUUGCAAUGAUUUUUAGCAAUGAUACGACGAAUGGGUCAGAAGCACAAACAGCUGCAGUUGUUGAAAAUGUUGCGGAAAAUAAUGUUAAUACACCAAACAUAGAACCCUUUGGUGGUGAGUUUAUGGGUGAUACUGACACGACACAGAAUGAAAACACGGCAGAGAAUCAAAGCAGUCCAGCUUCAGAUCCCUCCCCGUCUACUGCCAAAACGAAUAACUCGUUGAAGAGGAAGAGAAGAAAUAGAGAUGAAGCGGCAAGUAAAGCAAAAUCAAUGAGUCAGAUGGCAGCUGGAAUUACUAGUAUCGCGAACCACAUGAUGGAAAGAGAUAAAAAGCCUGGCAUGAUUAGUUUAUUUGCCAAACUACGGGAACUUCCACAUAUUAGUUCAAGUAUAUGGGUGAAGCUUGUUGAGUUUCUUGUGAAUGAUGCCACGAAAGCAAAUAUGUUUUUUUAUGAUGAAUGA